CGUAUGUCACAUCCCAUAACAACAAUAUUAUUCCAUUACGUUGUGCGAACGACAGAUUUCCAAUCAUUCUAAUUAAAUAACUAAAAAAAAUGGUCAGCAUAUUGAAUACCAUUGAUACCGGUCAUGAAGACAUGAUCCAUUGUGCCGAAGUUGAUUAUUAUGGAUUACGUUUGGCGACAUGUUCCUCCGAUAAUUCGGUGAAAAUUUUCGACAUCAAAAACGGUGCACAAACAUUGGCGGCCGAUCUAAAAGGACACGGUGGACCGGUAUGGCAAUGCUGUUGGGCGCAUCCACGUUUCGGUAACAUUUUGGCAACAUGUUCAUACGAUCGAAAAGUCAUCAUUUGGCGUGAACAAAACGAUUGGAUUAAAUGGUACGAAUACAGUAUGAGCGAAUCAUCGGUCAAUUCGGUUGCAUUUGCACCGCCCGAAUUCGGUUUGAUUUUGGCAUGUGGCAGUUCGGAUGGUUCAAUUUCCAUUUUGACAUGUAACACGGAAUCGGGUCAAUGGGACUAUAAGAAAAUCUCAAAUGCGCACACUAUCGGCUGCAAUGCUGUCAACUUUUGUCCAUCAACUGUGCCAGAGCCAGCAUUCGAUCAACGUGGUGUGGGUACAAAGGCAUCGUACGGUGUCAAACGAUUGGUAUCUGGUGGUUGCGAUAAUUUGGUGAAGAUUUGGAAGGAAGACGGUGAUCGUUGGGUGGAAGAAAAUCGCCUGGAAGCGCACAGUGAUUGGGUGCGUGAUGUUGCAUGGGCACCAAGCGUUGGUUUGCCUAAAUCACAGAUUGCUAGCUGUUCACAAGAUCGACGGGUCAUUAUUUGGUCGAGUGACGAUUUGGUCAAUUGGAGUUCAACCAUUUUACAUACAUUCGAUGAUGUGCUAUGGAACGUGAGCUGGUCAUUAACUGGUAAUAUUUUGGCCGUGUCCGGUGGCGACAACAAAAUCUCACUAUGGCGCGAAAACAACGAAGGACAAUGGAGCAUGAUCAGCGAAGAUGCCAGCGUUCCCACGUCAGGCAAUGCAUUAUCGGAACAACGCACUCUUUAAGAAUUUUUUAAAUACUUUUUUUUUCUGUUCAUUUUAUCGAAAAUAACAAACAAACAAUGUAAUCUUCAACUCACGUAUAUACUGUUGUUUCCAAAUGUGAACGCAUCCGCUGAUGCAUAAACCAAAUUUCGUUUCCAAUAAAAUACAAAAAAUGAUAAUAAAUAAAUUCCAGACAAA